AUGGCGAGAGUUGUUUUCGCCCUCCAGGCAGCCAAGGGCUUCGUGCAGCUACUCUCCGUGGUGUGCCUUGUUCACCUCGACCACAUCCGCCCAAUUCGCAUCCUUCCGGGACGCGAUUUUGGGAUCCGCGACGAGAGGAGCGACUUCGUCUCUGCUAGCUCCCCGCCGCUAGGAGCACGGUCGCUCGUCGCUACCGCAGGUCAGGCCAGCCCUGCUCAGGCUCGCAAGCUGGCAGCCGGCACCCAGGACUUCCUAUCCGGCCUGAAAGCUGCACUUUCGCGCUUUGGCUUGUCCUCGCUCAAGCUUACGUUUCCCCCUCAUCGGAGCUCUGAGAUACGCUCUUUGCCUCCGGGCCCUGCCGAGCACAAUCUCGGCCGAGUUUCGCCCUCCAGUGCAUUCUGCCCGCCGGACGGUUCUGGCACCUGGCGUCUGUGCACCUGGUUCGUCUCCCGCCCGAAGCUCAUCGCGAGGCAGAGCUCGCUUCCACACACGAUGGCCGCUGCGGGCACCAGGCGCAGGAAAAUCAUCGGCCACCGCCGUCGCAUCGAGGACGAGGCCGAAGACGAGGGCGGCCUCGAAACCCUGGCCGACCUUGACGAUGAUUCGGUGACCGACGGCACCAUCGGGAGCGACGAGCACGACCCCGCCGACGACAGCGAUACUAGCAAUAUUGACGAUUCGUCGCCGACGUCGCCCAACGCCCAGAAACCCAUUGGCAACGGCCAUGCGAAAACCGGACUUCGCCGUCGGACUGGCUCGGAGCCCCUCAAGAGUCCAGCCGCCAAGGCUGCGCAGCCCGUAAUAGCCGAUGCCGAGACCAUGCUCAGCAAGCUGUCGCUUGCCGACAAGGAAAACGUAACGGCCGAGGAGGUGCACUUCGACGACAUCAAGGAAGCGCCGCGCACGAAGGAUGCCGCCCCGAUUGUGGUGAGCUCUGCCUCCGCUGCGCAGCAACCGCCCCGGUUGCCCCAGCAGGAACUUAAACGGCGGGAGCACGAGGAGUAUCGGCGGCGGAGGGACGAAGACCCGACUUUUGUCCCGAACAGAGGCGCCUUCUUCUUGCACGAUCACCGGCAUGCCGGUCCGGCAGCAAAUGGGUUCCGGCCGUUCCCCAGGGGCGCUCGUGGCCGUGGACGCGGCGCAUUUGGGAGCCCCUUCGCUCCGCUCAGCCAGGUUCAAAACGCCUCUGAUCCGAUAAUGAACGCCGUAUGGAAGCAUGACAUGCACGAGGUAGUCGCCGAGGCUCAACCACCGCGGCAUAGCCGUUACCUCCCCAGCCACGAAGGGCCGCCAAACGGCAACGGGGUCAUUCCCACUGCGCCAACCAGCGCCACGCCGAUCAACCGAGCCAUGUCGACCGAGAAGCAUAUAGGCAACGCGACCAUCAGGGUGUUUAUCCCACCCAUGGAUGCGCCAAAAUUGUUCCCCGGUGUCGCGUUGAAGCAGUACACGAAGCUGCCCGAUCACCGCCCGCCUCUUCGCCGCGACAAGCCUGUUCGGAUUUCGCUUCCCUACCAUGACCCGCCAGUCAUGCCCCGCUACAUCUUUCCGGCAAGCGACAGGUCGUUCAUUUUCAUCCCUCGGGCGAUGCGCCCGAACCAGCAGCGGACCCGCGCUAAAGCGCCGCGGUCGAUCCUCGGCUCAGGGGUGUUCUCCCGGGGAACGAGUGUUUGGGGUGGAAGCGUCUACGGAAGCGUCUAUACGCCUAGUCUUGCUCUCAGCCGCCGGUCGUCGAUUGCCCCUGAUCUUGGCCGAGAAUUCGUGCUGUCGCCUACGGGCUCCGCCAUCUCGCGGGCACCUCUCCCUGUCGACGCCGCGAGGCCCGUCGUCCGACUCCCGCCGCUUGCUCAAGCGACAGCUCCUGCGCCGCCGGCUCCGCCGCAGCCCGAUGCCCCUCAGCAGGCCCCAGAGUCUUCCAUCAGCGAGCUACCACAGCCACAAACGCAUCCUCUUCCUCAAAAACCUGCAUUUCAAGAAGCCCCACCGAGCGCCAUUCCUAUGCACCAACCCCGGCCGCAGAAGGCUGUCUCUGUCGAGAACAUCGAGUCGCCCGUUCAGCAACAGGCGGCGAACGUCCCGGCGCCCUAUCAGCAAGCCUUCCAUCAGCAAGUUCCACCGCAGUUGCCCGGCGGUUUUGCCCGAGACUCGCACGCCCGCAACCCUUCUUAUCAGUCCCAGUUUUCGUCCUCCACCCCGCUGUCGCAGAUCCCGGAGCGUGCCGUUCACGCUGCGCCGUUCCGGCCCAACGCCUACGCUCAACCCGGCUUCUACGGCCAACAAUAUGCAACGAUGCCGCCGCAGCAGGGUUAUUACUACCCGCAGACAUUCGGCGCCUCCAUGGCUCCUAACGCAAAUGCCCCGACCUUCGUUCCGGCUGCACAGCAGCAGCCUCAGCAACAGCAGCAGCAGCAGCAGCCGCCUCAGCCGGUUGUCUACGCGCAGCCCGUCCAAGGCGAUGCGCCUGUUCCGCCGCCCGGCGGGCAAGGCCCGCCCUCGCAGAACCUCGUGGAACCCCGCGAGUCGCAAGGCGCCGUCUACUACGACUACUAUCCGCAAGUGAACCCGAUGGCGCCGGGUUAUCCGCCCUUCGCGGCGGCUGGCCAGCCCUACGCCGCGCCGGGCAUGGUCGGGAUGGCCGGCAUGGGCGGCAUGAUGACCCCUAGCCCGGAUACGUUCUACUACCAGCAGCCGAUGAUUUACUACCCCCAGUAG